GGGCCAAAAGGACACCAAGGACUCCCGGGAACCCAAGGUAUAAAAGGCGACAAAGGAGAUUUAGGUCUUCCAGGAGAGAAAGGUCACAGAGGCCUCAUAGGACCUCAAGGUUUGCCCGGCUCACAGGGUUUACGCGGGGAGAAAGGUGAUACUGGUCAACCGGGCCUGCCUGGCAAACCAGGAGAGAGAGGAGACCAAGGACCUAGAGGUCAUCCAGGCAAGAACGGUGAACAAGGAGCCCUAGGACCACAGGGAUUGCCUGGUCAGCCAGGUCUGGAGGGACGGCGUGGGUUACCCGGAGCCCCUGGAACUCCUGGACCACCUGGUCCUGUCGGAGAGCCUGGUAUUUGUGAUAUGGGGGCACUGGUAUCUUACAUUACUCAAGGACAGACAAAG